AUGAAGCUCACGUCGGCUGUCCGCUUCGCUGUAGCAGUCAACACUCUAUGCUCCACUGCCGCCUCGAUCCUGCCGCUUUCUGCGCCUCCAGCAUACGUGCCCUUUGAUCGUACCAGAGACUUCACCAGCUCCUUCGCACUCGACGCAUGGGCGACUCCGGUGACAUUCGAGUACUCGACUCCAGAACCACAUGACAAGAACUGGAUCGGCAUAUGGCCAGCUUCAGGCGGCGGUCCAGAGGAAGGCCACCGUGUGGCUGAUCAUGCGUCUGCUUGGGAGUAUGCGGAGGACUCUGCAGGUAGACGAUACAUCAACGUCGACAAUCUCGGUGCAGGAGACUACAGAGCCUACUUCCUAGCCAAAGACAUCUAUGUCUCUCUUGCUGCACCCUUCAACUUCUACUAUCCGGGUUACAAGGCAACUCUGUAUUUUCCAUCGAACGAGACCAGCUUGCGCAAUGCCCGAGAAGGGGAAGCAUACCUCGAAAACGUUGGCGGUCUGGUCAUUGGCGAAGGCCACUCCAUCCACAUCAACUUCCAGAAAGCUGGAGGAGAUGACUGGAUCCAAGUCUGGCCGGAUGGAUCGAUCAGAGGCACGCCCCCGGCUGGAUCUGGUGGCAGAAUUGCUGUUGCGCAAGUCGAGGGCAAGGCUGCAGAUACUGCUCCGGCAAGCAUACAGAUCAACAUCAUGGUUCAGAGAUCAUCUGAGCGUCUGGUGGACUCCAUCAAUGUCAUGACAUGGAGCAUGUGGGACAGUGGCACUCACUUCUCUCGCUAUCACGAAAAGCAGAUGCGUUUCAUUCUGGGGUCCAAUGUCGAUCUCAUUGCCUUCCAGGACAUCGCAGAAGUGCCAAUCGACCACCUGGAGAGAAUUGCCAAUGCACUCGGAUGGUGGCGCUGGCGAGGUGACCUGCGGGUUGCGAUUAUCAGUCGGUAUCCGAUCGUGGCAGAAUUUUCUCAGAUCGUCACGGACUACUUCAAUCCUGGUGGAGGAGUUCGUGUGAGUCUCAAUGGGCUCAAUCAGGACGAUAAGGUUGCUAUCGAGUUCUGGUCGGUGGCUUUGUUUCCGCUUCCGUACGGACCCAACGAAUUCUGCAAACGCGACCGUCCCUUGACUCAGCAACAAGUGCUCGCAAACGAGGUUCAUUCAGAGCGUAUGGUCCAGCUGAAGGCCACUAUGGACCGCAUCAUUCCUCAGAUCGACAACUCUUCAGGUUCCACGACCCCUACUAUACUUGCAGGAGACUUCAACGCGCCAUCGCACUUGGAUUGGGUCGACAGUCUGAAGGAGAAGAAUUGUGGCGUUGGAGGAGGCUUUCCGUGGCCGUCGUCCAUCAUUGUGACGGCGGCGGGUAUGGACGACUCGCUUCGCGUUGCGAAUCCAGAUCCGGCCAAGUAUCUUGGGACGACGUGGAACAUCCGAAAGUUGUCAGAUCCGCAGGACCGCAUAGACUUCGUCUACGGCUCUAAAGACCUCGAGGUGCUAGCUUCGGUGAAUACGGUGGGCGGAGGUGAUCCCAAGGCAAGAGAUCCGGAGUGGACGAGUGAUCAUGCUGCGAUUGUAAGUCUAUCCGCUUUUCGUGAGCCUGAACCAUCAGUCAAUCAGGGGGCAGUCUCGACUCAACACCUGAGAUACUUGUUCUGGAUGAUGUUUCGGAUCAUCUUCUAG